UAUUGGCAUUUGUAUAAAUGAUAAAUGGGUUUUGUAUAUUUAUAUGUAUUUGUAUAGGAGAGAGGCAUUUAUACAGAAGGAUUUCUAUACGAUAGGGUUAAUAAUGGCGAAUGUAUUGCAUAGCAUUCAAAGUCGACUGAAAAGCCGAAAGGUGCUCGGAGUAGGAGAAGGUGCAGACGGAAAGAUUCCACGAUCUAAGAUAUCCCAAUUGCUCGGAUGCAACCAUUUAGAACCAUGGUCGCUACAAAGUGAGGACUACCCUGUGGGACUUCGGUUGUUUCAGUGGAUUAUGUGUCUUGCUUUUCUACUUGUUGGGAGCAUGAACUUAUUUUUUCCGGACAAUUUCUAUGGCGUGUUUGCGUGCUCUUUAGCGCCACACGAGUCAACGGCCACAGUGAGCCACCUAGCGAGCAAUAUUAGAACAAGUUAUAUGGAUCUGAUGACGUCAUCAGACGAGCUGCGUCACGACGCGGAAAAAUUAGAAAAACAACUACAACGUCUGGAAGAUUCAACGCGGCUUUCGAUCCUACCCGUCAGAAUGUAUGGUGCAGCCGUAUUUACACUCGCUUUACUGUUUCUGGUCACAACAUUAAGAGACAUACACGACCGCAGAUCAGUGCGGCUCACACUCUUCCUACAAGCAUUGUUUCUAACAGUGGAGGUGAUAGUAUCUGUAACGUCGGGACUGCACCUCUUUAGCGGCACCGCGCGAUCGAAGGUAGUUUGGGCAACGCUAUCACGAGGUGUCGCCGGAGGGAUAGCAUUUUUCUACUACGGGAGAACUUCAGGUCGGCCGCGAGAAAACGGACAAAAAUGGCAAGACUGAACAAAAGGAAAAAAGAACAAAACGAGAGAGAAAGAGCCCGAAAAGCAAACUAAACUGGAGACUUGCAUCCCAGUAAAAUGGAGGGACAUUCCAAAUGUUUGUAUCUUGCUUAUUUCUGUGUUUUUUUCACAGUUUAUAAAAACAUAACUGAAGAUUAUGAAAUUUGGAAUUGUUUUAUGGUAACUGAGUACCUUAUGGUACAGAAGAGUUAUGUUUAACAACUACUGAUCAUAAAACCAACAAAAGGGUUCCAAUAAACAAAAACAAAUCCAA